GGUUUCAAGUCCCGUCCUCUCCCAUCAAAACCAAACCGUGACGCUCAGCUCAUUACUCUGUGGGCCCCACUCCAGCCCGCUGGGAUCUGGUUUCCCCCCUCCUUUCUCUUCGGCCGACCUAUAUAUAACGGGCUCCUCUCUCUUUCUCUCUCUUCGCCCACCGCUCUCCAGAUUGAGUGUAACCAGCUUUCACUUAUUUGGCAUGUGUUUCUGUGUCAGUGGGUCAUGAUCACAACUCUUUCUACCUAUUCAAUUGAGUGUGAUGCAAUUAAGUAACUUCAAGGAAAACUGACCAUUGGAAAUAUUUAGAUCUGAUUUGAGAAGCAAAAAUAGGCCUUACCUGUUACGUGUACAAAUUUUCCAAUAUGAGCAGUUUUGCAGAUAGUGAAAGCAAAUCUGCUAAUGUAAAUGGAAAAAGGAUGGAGGAUGAUGAGCACUUCACUUCAAAGAAACCGAGACACCGGCCAUUGACUACACUGAGGAUACUUAGGGGUAUACUAUGUCUAGUGAUAUAUCUUUCGACUGCAUUUAUGAUGUUAGUUUACUGGGCACCUUUGACAACUCUUGUGGUGCGGCUUUUCAGUGUGCACUAUAGCCGGAAAGCGACCUCUCUUGUGUUCGGGGCUUGGCUAUCUAUGUGGCCUUUCUUAUUCGAGAAAAUUAACAAGACCACGGUGAUUUUCUCUGGAGAAAGUGUGCCUAGAGAAGGACGGGUGUUACUUUUGGCUAACCACAGAACAGAGGUUGACUGGAUGUAUUUGUGGAAUCUUGCACUAAGGAAAGGUCAAUUGGGUUAUAUUAAGUAUGUCCUGAAAAGAAGUUUGAUGAAACUCCCAAUAUUUAACUGGGGUUUCCACAUUUUUGAGUUUAUUUCGGUUGAGAGAAAGUGGGAAGUUGAUGAAUCAAUCAUGCGGAGCAAGCUUUCAACCUUCAGGGAUAGUCAAGAUUCUCUGUGGCUUGCAGUUUUCCCAGAGGGAACCGAUUAUACUGAAGAGAAGUGCGUGAGAAGCCAGCAGUUUGCAGCUGAGAAUGGCUUGCCAAUCUUGAAAAAUGUGCUCCUUCCUAAAACAAGGGGCUUUUAUGCUUGUGUGGAAGCUUUGAGGAAUUCUUUAGAUGCAGUUUAUGAUCUAACUAUUGCAUACAAGCACCGGUGUCCAAACUUUAUUGAUAAUGCUUUUGGCGUUGAUCCUUCGGAAGUUCAUAUUCAUGUCCAGAGAAUCCCGCUCCAGGAUGUUCCAUCUACUGAAAAUGAGGCUGCUGCUUGGUUAAUUGAAAGGUUCAGGCUCAAAGAUGAGCUACUCUCUGAUUUCAAUUCUCAGGGUUAUUUCCCCAGUCAACUGAAUGAAGGAGAUUUGUCUACAGUGGAAUGCUUAUUUAAGCUUUCGGCAAUAAUAUCCUCGACCUGCUUGUUUAUAUACCUUACCCUUUUCUCGUCAGUGUGGUUCAAAAUAUAUGUAGCUCUGAGCAGUGCCUACCUAUCUUUUGCAACCUAUUUUGGUGUAUAUCCUUCCCCAGUCUUGGGUUCUGUUAAGACCUUGUUUUUUGGCAAGAAAAACUUGUAAUGAUAGGAGAAUCAUGUGAUUAUGUAUUUGAUCAUGUUCUUAACUUCUUUUA